AUGUCUUCCGGUCGCACCGUCACCCUCAACACCGGCGCCAAGGUCCCCGCCCUCGGCUACGGCACCUGGCAGGCGGCCCCCGGCGAGGUCGGCGCCGGCGUCUUCGAGGCCCUGCAGGCCGGCUACCGCCACCUCGACCUAGCCAAGGUCUACGGCAACCAGCGCGAGGUCGGCGAGGGCAUCCAGCGUGCCCUGAAGGAGGUCCCUGGCCUGAAGCGCGAAGACAUCUUCAUCACCUCCAAGCUGUGGAACGACAGCCACCAGCCGGAGAAUGUCGCCGCCGCGCUCGACGAGACCCUCCAGGAGCUCGGACUCGAGUACCUUGAUCUUUACCUCAUUCACUGGCCGGUUGCUUUUGAGCACGGCGACGGUCUCUUCCCCAAGGAUGCCAGCGGCGCGGUCCGCCUCGACAAGAAGACGUCCAUUGUUCAGACCUGGAAAGCUUUGACCGAGCUCCCCAAGACCAAGACCCGCGCCGUCGGUGUCUCCAACUUCACCAUCGACCACGCAAGUCCCCCAACGAUUAUUUGUCAUGAAAGACUGGAGGCCGUCAUCAAGGCUACCGGCGUCACCCCCGCCGUCAACCAGAUCGAGCGGCACCCGCGCCUCAUCGACCAGGCGCUCGUCAAGUACGCCGCCGACAAGCACAUUGUGCUGACGGCCUACUCGGCCUUUGGCAACAACACCAUUGGCGCGCCGCUCCUCAUCGUCAACGAUGAGGUCAAGGCCGUCGCCGAGCGCCUCACGGCCAGCAAGGGCCGAAAAAUCACCCCCGCCCACGUUCUGCUCGCCUGGGCCCAGGUCGGCGGCCACACCGUCAUCCCCAAGUCGGUCACGGCCUCGCGCAUCCGCGAAAACUUUCAAGAGGUCGACCUCGAGCAGCAGGAUAUCGACCGCCUGAACAAGAUUGGCGAGGACAAGCAUCGCUUCAACAUUCCCUUCACGUACGAGCCCAAGUGGAACGUGGACAUUUUCGGGGAUGAUCGCGAAAAGGCCGCCACGACCAAGGUUGUCGUGUAG